GAGGGCGCUCUGGCCGGCGCUCGCCUCGCCUCGCCUCGCCCCUCGCCUCGCCCGGGCGCCCCUCGGCGGCGAUGUAGCCGGCGGAGGCAGAGCGCGGCGGAGAGCGGGCCGGGCCUGCCGGGCCGCCUCCCCCAUGGGCAAGCAGCAGGUUGGACUGCUAUGGAAUAUGACGAGAAGCUGGCCCGUUUCCGGCAGGGCCACCUCAACCCGUUCAACAAGGCCCCGCUGCACAGCCAGCAUGAGCAGAAGACUGGGGGAGCCGAUGAGGAGUUUCCCCGAAAAGACUUGAACUUGGAGUUGUCUUUGGAGGACGCGGAGUUCCAGUGCUCGGAGCGAACGAUGGACUUGGGACUGGCUGAAGAUCACUUCUCACGGCCAGUGGGGCUGUUCCUCGCUUCGGACAUUGAGCAGCUGCGGCAAGCAAUCGAGGAGUGCAAGCGGCGGAUCCUGGAGCUGCCAGAUAACUCGGAGAAGCAAAAGGAUGCUGUGGUGCGGCUUAUUCACCUGCGCCUCAAACUCCAGGAGCUGAAGGACCCCAGUGAGGACGAGCCCAACAUCCGAGUGAUCCUGGAGCAUCGCUUCCACAAGGAGAAGACCAAGAGCGUGAAGCAGACCUGUGACAAAUGCAGCACCAUCAUCUGGGGGCUCCUCCAGACUUGGUACACCUGCACAGGAUGUUCCUAUCGCUGCCACAGCAAGUGCCUGAACCUCAUCUCCAAGCCUUGCGUGCGCUCCAAGGUCAGCCACCAGGCUGAAUACGAGCUCAGCAUCUGCCCAGAGACAGGGCUGGACAGCCAGGAUUAUCGCUGUGCCGAGUGCCGUGCUCCCAUCUCUCUCCGGGGAGUCCCAAACGAGGCCCGGCAAUGUGACUACACAGGUCUCUAUUACUGCAGCAACUGCCACUGGAAUGAUCAGGCUGUCAUCCCCGCCAGGGUCAUCCACAACUGGGACUUUGAAACCCGCAAGGUGUCUCGGUGCAGUAUGCGCUACCUGAUGCUGAUGGUGUCCCGGCCAGUACUCAAACUGCGCGAGAUCAACCCACUUCUCUUCAAUUAUGUUGAGGAACUGGUGGAAAUCCGGAAGCUGCGCCAGGAUAUCCUGCUCAUGAAGCCCUAUCUCGUGACCUGCAAGGAAGCCAUGGAGGCUCGCCUGCUGCUCCAGCUGCAGGACCGGCAGCACUUUGUGGAGAACGACGAAAUGUACUCUCUGCAAGACCUCAUGGACAUCAGUGCUGGGCGCCUCAGCUGCUCCCUAACGGAGAUCCACACGCUCUUUGCCAAGCACAUCAAGCUGGACUGUGAGCGGUGCCAAGCCAAGGGCUUUGUGUGUGAGCUCUGCAAGGAAGGUGACGUGCUCUUCCCCUUUGACAGCCACACCUCCAUGUGCAUGGACUGCUCGGCCGUCUUCCACAGGGAUUGCUAUUACGACAACUCCACCACCUGCCCCAAGUGUGCUCGGCUGAAUCUGAGAAAGCAGACGCUGCUCAGGGAUCCCAGCAUGGAGCUGCAGGCAUAGAGUCUUCUACCCUCUCUAGCUUAGCUGGAGAGGCAGCACCGGGGAACGUGGUUUCACAUGCUGUUGCAUGGGAGAAGCUGAAUUCAGGUGGACAAGGAGCCCAAAUCUUGCACAGAAAUGUGGCUGGAAAAGCUUUGUCCAAAGCUGGAAAAUGACACAACUGGGUGGGUGUUGAUCUUCAGUCAUAGACUCUCUUCUACAAGAGGGGCCAUCAAGACUGUUCUGCGCGCACCAAUCUUUGCAGAAUUUCUCUGCCUGGAAUUGUGAGCUGGAGGUCAACAGACCUUGUCUCUAAGAAGGACAUGCUGAGUCAGCCCAUGGAUUACUCCCAGUAUAUGCUGUGUAGUCCUGGAGAAAGGACAGCCUGACUGCGGUGCAGACAAGUUCUUCAAUUGCACAGUAACAUUGGUGCACUCUGUUUGGCGUUCAAGACCACGAGCAUCUGGUUUGCAUAUAAACCUCAAAGAGGGUGCCUCUGUGGCUUCCUUUCUGGUGACGGAGUGUCGUUGUGGAAGGUGAACUCAAUGGGUUUGGCAUAAGGGACCAAGAGAUGCCUUGAAGUCAUUUCCCUUUGACUUGGGUCCAUAGUGUGUUUGGGUCAGAGGUGGGGAGAGGAAUCAGAGGUGUUCCUUUCUUCUUCGUCCUCACUGCUGUGGGUGUUGGCAAAUUCAAGGACUGAAUGGCUUAGGAAGUUGGAACAGCCCUUGACACCCAUGAGAAAAGUAAUUUAUCAUGAGCACUAAAAUCACUUUAAAUAAAGCUAUGUUGAAUCUUGCUGUA